GUGCGUGGUGUUCAGUUCAUCUCUGUGCGAGAGAGAGAGAGAGAGAGAGAGAGAGAGAGGUGGUUGGGUUUUUGGCUUGUGGGUUUUGUGCAGGAGGAGGGGAUUCGGAUUCGUCUCUCCGCGGCGAUCGAAACCCUAGCGAGCGCAUCCCGAUGGUUUCCUGCUGCGAGCUGCUCGAAUCGUGAGGUUUUAUAAAAGGCAUAAGAGUGAAGCAAGAAUUUGCAAUUGUAAACUCGAAGAUAUGACUGAUAACGCUGAAGGCGAGAGUUCUGCUAAUGUUGAUUUGGUUUGUGCUUUAUGUGAUAACGGUGGUGAAAUUGCAAGCUGCGAAGGCAAGUGCCUCAGAUCUUUUCAUGCCGUCAGGGAUGCUGGUGAAGAUUGUCAAACACUAGGCUACACUAGGCGUCAAUUUGAUGCAUUGAAUCCUUUUUUGUGCAAGAAUUGUGAGCUUGAAAAAUAUCAAUGUUUUGCAUGCAUGAGGUUGGGUUCAGCUAAAACAGAUACUCCUGAGGUAUUUCCCUGUGCAUCUGCGAAUUGUGGUUAUUUCUACCAUGCUAAAUGCGUUGCACAGUUACUCUUUACUGAAAAUGAAGCCAAAGCAUUGGAAUAUACAACAAAGAUAGCCAGUGGGGUAAAAUUUGCAUGCCCACUGCACAAAUGUGAUGUUUGCAAGUAUGGUGAAAACAAGGAUGAAAAGGAGCUACAGUUUGCUGUGUGCCGACGGUGUCCCAAGGCAUAUCAUAGAAGAUGCUUGCCAAGGAAAAUCGCCUUUGAUGACUUCGUUGACAAUGGUGUAUUUCAUUUCCAAAGGGCGUGGGAGGGCCUUCUUCCCAAUAACCGAAUAUUAAUAUUUUGCCUGAAACAUGAUAUUGAUCCUAAACUUAGAACCCCGACAAGAGAUCAUAUUAAAUUUCCUGAUAAUCCUGCUGUCACGAGAAAGCCCUUCGAUGUAAAUGGAAUGAACAAGAAGGUGGUUAAGAUACGGCUUCUUGAGGAUUGUCCACCUGCCCCAUUGUCCAGUGACAAAAAAUCAUUUGGUACAGUGAACCGUUUUUCCUCAAGUGAUGUGAUAACCAAAAAGAGGAAAGUGCUUGUGUCUGGAGGUACAAAACAUUGUGCUCUUAGUGCUGUGGCUAGGGAAAAAACAUCAGUUCCGUCAUUUAUCCCCUUGAGCUCAUUCCCUGUUAUUGAUAAAAGCACUGAGAGGAGGAUUCAUGAGUUCGCACAGAAAGUGUCAUCUGAUAUAACCAUUGAGGAUAUACAAAAAAAGCUAGUGGUUCCAUCUACACACACACCGGUUUCGAAGAAUACUGAUAAGAUUACAUUGGGAAUGGUGCAAAGAUCUGUUGAGGCUAUAAAUGCUGCUCUGCAUAUGUUAGAAAAUGGUGCAUCCAUAGAAGAUGUCAAAUCUGUAUGUGCACCUAGUGAUCUUUUCCAACUUGCAAGGUGGAAGAAUAAACUGAAUAUAUAUCUUGCACCAUUUCUUCAUGGCAUGCGCUACACAUCUUAUGGGCGCCACUUCACCAAACUGGACAAACUCGAGCAGAUUGUAGAUAGGCUACAAUGGUAUAUUGAAAGUGGUGAUACGGUUGUUGACUUUUGCUGUGGCUCAAAUGAUUUUAGCUUAUUAUUGAAGGAAAAGCUUGAAGCUUCUGAAAAAAGUUGCUUCUAUAAAAAUUUUGAUCUUAUUCAACCAAAGAAUGACUUCAAUUUUGAGAGACGAGACUGGAUGACCGUUCAACCAGAUGAAUUGCCCACAGGAUGUCGAUUGAUCAUGGGAUUGAAUCCUCCGUUUGGGUUUAAAGCUUCUCUUGCUAAUCAAUUCAUUAAUAAAGCCCUCACUUUCAAGCCCAAGCUGAUCAUACUCAUUGUUCCUAAGGAAACUGAAAGGCUGGACAGGAAAUACCCACCAUAUGAGCUAAUAUGGGAGGAUUCUCAUCAGCUUGCAGGAAAGUCGUUCUAUUUGCCUGGGUCGCUUGAUGCUGAUAACAAGAUUAUGGAACAAUGGAAUAUGUCACCACCUCCUCUUUCUCUAUGGAGCCGUAGUGAUUGGGCUCGGAAACACAAGGAAAUAGCUAAAACAAUGGGGCACAUCAGUAAAAAUGUGUGGUGCUUAGAUGAUACUCAAAGGUCUGUUGUAAACACAGGGCAUGCACAAAUGGCUAAUGAGGGGGAUGAUGACCUUGACAACAAAGAAAGACAAGAAGAGGCACCACUAAAUGCCUCUGUUAUAGAUCAGUUGUUGUCUGACACAUACCAUGAUCCUACUAGCUCGCCAGGGGACUACUGGACAGAUACCAAUGGAAGAUCACGGCAGCCUUGCAACUACGAGGGAAGAAAUGAUCCAACCCAUGAAUAUCAUGCAGGCAUGGGUUGUGGAUCUGACAUGAGCAUUUCAUCAUCUGACAAGAGCGAUUGUGAAAAACAAACCGAAACUAUGUCAAACUCAGAGCAUGGGCAUACUGGUUCAGAAGCCCACGAUCAUGUUGGAAGUGCACCUGUGGAACAACCAACUGGUUUUGCGGAUUGUGAUGAGGUGACAUCAGCUGGCAUUGAGUACCAUAGCCUGGAAAAUUCACCACUCACAGAGAGACCUGCAGAUGCAGCUGGAGUUCAAUACAAGAUGCUGGAAGACACACCACCUCCUCUGGAUGAACUCGUACCUGGCUUUUCUGGGCAGCCGAUCGUUUCACUUCCUGGAGGAGGCAGGCUUUCAGCUGGGUUGCAAUAUCAAAGGCUGGAAGACACACUGUCCAGAGGGACACCUGAAGCUGGUGCUGGUUGCAGACAGCUGGAAGAUUCACUACCUGCACCCCCUGCUGCUUCUGAGGUCGAUGCAGUGGUUGCAAAAUAUCUGCCACAGACAACGAGUGAUCUCCCUGCAUUACCGUUCGUUCCUGCUCCAAGAAUUCCCUUCCCUGGACUCCAGUUCGCCCCAAGAAAUGACUUGUGGCAAGGAUGGUACCCACCUCCAGAAUUUCUGUCCAGAGGCAUGGACCAUCCGCCUUUCAUGCACGGCUCCUCUGGUUGGCUCGACGACUAGAGGAGUGAGACAUUAACCCAAGCCCUAGUAAAGAUUACUGACAGCCGCUGUUAGCAAAGACCACUUGUGCAGUUGUGCUUCAACCUGGCGAGGAAGGUGAAAAGGUGAAAACACCAGACUUGGUUCUUCUCUUGUCACGAGCCACCGUGUAGAGUCUGUAGAGUACAGCUACUUGUGCUGUGCCUCGGCCUAUCUUUUCAAGGUGCGAGCUUGUUUUGUCCUACGGCCUGCUUUUAGAAUACGCUGAGGCUACAUGCUACUACCAAUUUUCUGGACAGGAAACUUCCAAAACUCUCCUUGCCAAUCCACGCCUGUUGAUGUACUAGGACGUAUUUUGCCUCUUUCCUUGUUGGUUGGUUGGUUGGUUGCACUCUGA